ACAAAGUGAAGUAACUACUAAGAUGAGGAGUUUGGAUACAACUAUACCUGUAUACCGUGAAGCAGUAAUCGAUGAUAUUGAAGACUUUCUUUUGACUAUAAAGGAUAUGCAAAGGCCAAGAAAUAUGAUAAGGAAACAAUCUGUUUUAGGGUAUAUAUGCAUAUGCUGGAAUGUGAAAAGAGAAAAUAAAUUAGAAAUGAAGAUUACGGUUAAAACACUCAAACAAGAUGAAAAAGAGUCGGUAAAAGAAUUAAAUGAACCUUAUCAUUCAAAGAUAGAAGAUUGCUAUCUUAAGAAUUAUGACAAGACUAAAAAGAAAGCAGUAGAGAUGGAAGAAUACAAUAGGGAUAAAAGCUAUAACAAGCAGAAUGAUCCAACUUCACCUGACACUACAUCUAAUAUCAAUAAGAGUGAUGUUGACAUUGACAGUCUUGUGACCAAAUUAGCCGCCUUGAAAAUAAACUGUGUGAAUCAGGAAGACCAAUCUAAGCAUGAUCAAGUUGAGAAUCUCAUUCAGAACAUUGUGACUAAGACAAUUAAAGAUAUGAAUAAGAGACCAAGUCAACCAUGUACCACCAAGCCCCAAAUGUGUUACCUGUGUCAAGAAGUAGGACAUAUUGUGAAAGAGUGUCCAAAACAGAAUAAGGGUACUGAGCAGUCCAAAAAUGCCCUCAAAUUCGAUAACGUUGAUAUAAGAAUGGUUGAAUUUACAGAAAUAAGGCCAAAAAUCACCAGUAAAUAUUUAAAAGCAGAAUUAUUGGAUGAUGGUGUAGGAUAUGAUAUAAGACCAGUUGUCAAAAGAAAAAGAGAAGAUACCACAAUUGAAUCAGUAGAAUAUUUGAAUAAAAAAUGA